GAGGUUUCAUAAGUUUAGGUCCAUUUAUUAUGCGGUUUUAUAAUUCUCUAAGUUGAUUUGUUUAAUCGAUGAUAAUUAUUUUAAUUCAGUUUUUAUAACAGCAAACUCAUAAAAAAUGAGUGUUGCAACAUUAGAAACAGCAAUUAUUGCCAGUAAAUUCAGAGGAGCUCUUGUUGGAGCUCUAAUUGGUGAUUGUUUGGGAGCUCCUUUUGAUCAAGAUGGGCGAGUUUCAAAAGUCAUUCUUCAAAAAUAUUUCGACAAGAUGGAAGAUCCUUCCUUUAAAUCACCUACCAAAAGCUAUACUGAUGAUACAGUUAUGACUAAAGCUUUGACAGAAUCACUCAUAUCCAAUAGAUCUCUUAAUGAACUAGACUUCGCAAAGAGGUUGGUUGGAAAUUAUUUCUCUGUUGAAGAACCAGAUAGGAGUUAUGGUUCUUAUACGACAACAAUAUUUCAAAAGCUGCGAAAUAGUAAAUUUAAUGAUAUCUGGCUUCCAGCUAAAGAAGUAUUCAAUGGCGAAGGUUCUUUAGGAAGUGGUGGUGCUACAAGGGUUGCACCUAUUGCCAUAUUUUGCCAUUCUAAUUAUGAUUUGAUGUUAAAGUGUGUAGAAAAAUGUACUAAACUCACUCAUACCCACAAACUUGGUAUCAACGGUGCUUUACUACAGGCAAUUGCUGUUAAUCAGAGUUUCUAUAAUCUGCCUAAUGUCCCUUUGAAUGUUGAUAAAUUUGUUACUGAUCUCAUCAAUAAGGUGGCUAAUUUGGAAAAAAUUGAAUCAGAUAAUGCAUACUUUAAAGAAGAAGAUCCUACUCCUUACAGUAAUAGACUUAAAAAAAUCCAAUAUCUUUUACAAAGAGGUGAAGUUGAUGAUGAGGAAGUAAUUGCAAAGCUUGGUAAUGGUGAAGAAGCUCUUCAAUCUGUGCCUACUGCUUUGUAUUGUUUUUUAAGAUCUGAAAGGCCUGUAAAGACUGUAAAGACUGAAAAUAAAUUCAGACGUGCAGUCCAAUACAGCAUUUCAUUAGGAGGUAACACCGACACUAUAGCUUCAAUGGCAGGAGCAAUCUCAGGUGCUUAUCAUGGUUAUGAAUACAUUAAUAAAAGUAUUCAAUCCCAUUGUGAAAGACUUGAGGAAACAAUACAACUUGCUGAUCGAUUACAUAGUGCUGUAAAGUAAAUUGUAUAGAAAAAAAAGGAAGAAAAGUUCAGGUAGCAUAAGUAGUAAAACUAAUAAUAAAG